CUCGCGCGCGUAUCGCGAUUCCGCGCGCGGAGAUGUGGUGAGGGUGUUCGCACAUCGCGCACAUCAAACCGUCAUCGUCAUAAAAGAUGUAAUUGUGCCUUGAACGUAAACAAAGUAACCAGUGAUUUUGUGCUGCUGCAGUCUGCUCCAAUUUUGUCGUCCCGAGCGAAAGACCUGUCAAAAGUGUCUUUUUUAUUCUGUCUGCGUAGCUCCUCUGGAUGUCCCGAUGGAUUCUGGACUGGGUAGCUCCUCGGUUGAAGAUGUGGCCAUUGCCGCUCCGGAGCAGCAGCCAGGCGGAGAAGCACCACAGCAGCAGCAGCAGCAAGCCCUAGGCUGCUGCCAGACGGCGGCGGCGGAGGGUGGCGAUUGUGCGAAAUGCGGCGAAACUCGUUUGCUGGACGUCGGCCUGGUGGAGGAACUGAACUUGGUGUUCGAGCGACGUCUUCGGAUCGUGGAGGAACACGGGAACGACAGUCACAUCAAGAUUGAACUCUACGAGGACUGGAUCAAACAGUUGAGGCUGGUUAAUUUGGAUCUGGUGGGAGCCAUAAAAGAAGUACAGGACACUUGCAGGGCUCGCUUAGAGCUAAUGACGGCAAAUUAUAAGAAAAACUUAGCACGCCUCGGACCGCAGACACUUCAACGGUUGGAAAAUGAUAGAAACAGUCUGCUGGAGGUGAUACGAAGAGCAUGCCACACCGGCAAGUGGGACAUUAGUGGAAUAAAACUUUACGACGUUACUUUGGAUCAACUUUUCGGCAAGAAGGCUGACACUGGCGGCCAAGCUCCAAUCAGUACGGGGACAUCUGAAGUUCCAACAAUCUCGGUAAACUUAGAAGUAUCAUCAAAUUGUCAGCUAGAAAACCCACAAGUGGAUGAUUUACUCCGGCAACUGGAAUUAAAAGAAAAACAAAUAAAGCACCUAGAGCAAAUACUCCAAGAACAUCUACCAACGAUAGGUAGCAGUGCCGAUGAAUCUAACUCGGAUCCUCGCUUCGAUGGCUGUGACGUUACUAAUCCACCAUUACUGGAGAAAUUACGGCAAAUGAUAGAACGUAAGGAUCAAGAGCUGCAAAGCCAGUCGAGGCAAAUUGUCGAUCUAUGCGAGGAAAUCAAGGGCCUGAAAACCAAAAUCGAAGAAAUGGAUCUGUUUUCACAGUUGGAUUCCGAAAUGUCGCAAUCACUGACCGACAUCAAAAUGGAAGAUACGGAUGCAUCAAAUAGAAAACUGUUGCAGCAACUGCAAAAUAUUUCACGUGUAAAAUCCGAGCAACUGGAAACUGUCGUUGAAGAAAAUGAAAAACUUUGGAAGGAAAUUGGAGAACUAAAAAGCAAAUUCAAUCAACAGUCGAAUCGCGAUAAUGAGUCACUGAUCAAUGAAAUCAAAGAUCAUUACGAUAAAAAUUGUCGGCUGCAGCAAAAGCUCAAUGAUACUGAAUGGUUGCUACGGGAUGCCACCUCUGCUGUGGCCCAUCGGAAGAAAGUAAUCGACACUUUGCGGCGGGAUAAUGCAGAGUUGAAAAAGUCCCUAGCGAUGCCGUCGGGCCCCGGACUUCUGCGAUCGGUUUCGCACCCCAGCAUGGAUACCGCUUCAACGUGUUCGUCCGAGUCGGUUACCUCGUUCGGUAGUGCCCACUCGGAUUCCUCCUCGGCUACGAUAAGGAUGCAUAUGUACGAAUCCAACCCGGAUCGGUUGCCGGCAGUCGGGAUCGAAAAAUCACCAGACUCGGAACAGGUUCAGCGACUUCGAACCGAGCUGGCCAACGUUAGCGAACAGUUGCACAUGUUUCAGCAGACCAAGCGAGCUCAGGAUGAUAUCGUUGCCGAGCAGUGCGCCCGGUUGGAUGCGAGUGAAGCCGAACUGAAAGUUCUGCGCAAAGAUUACGAGAACAACGAACGAAAGUUGUUCCACAUUCGAGCGGAGAUUAAGAGACUGAUUGCCGAAAUCAACGAUAACUUGAAAGGGCAACUGAAACCACCGAGCAGUAUAGAGGAAUUCUUUUCCCAACAAGAUUUAAAUGACCAUAGUCCUGAUCGAGGCGAGGAAACAUUUGUACUUAAUUUGCUCAAACAAUAUCUGACGACUAUUGUGAAAAGGUACAACACAAUUACGGAGGAACGCCACGAUUUGUGUCGGGUAGUUGACGAUGCAAAACAACAGAUCAAUGACCUGCAGCAGGAAAAAGACCACUGCGAGUAUCGUAUCUCGCAACUAGAGUGUGAACUACGAGUGGCGGCCAGCCAGGCAUCGAUCGAUACCAUUGGGAAAGAGACUUCAAUCGAUUCCGACAUCAUGUCGGUGGACAACGACAUACUACAGGCCAGCGAGACUCUGAGCGCCCAACGGAUACGAAUGCAAACCGUCCUGCGGGACAUUUCAGCGGAAAUCGCCUAUCUGAUAGGAAAGAAUCUGUCAAGCGAUUCCCUAAGCUCGCUGUCGGAGCUCGAUGCUGCGCCGUUGUAUCUGUUGAUAGCCGAUCUGAAGAAGGAGAUCGAAUCCAAGGAUCAGGUUCUGUCGGGACGCCAGCGGUACAUUGGUCAGUUGGAGCAAGAGGUGAUGGUCCACCAGAAGGAGCUGCAUCGGCUUAAGCUGCGCGAGGAAAAGGUGGAUGCCGAUCGACUGAACUACGAGAAAAGGAUAUCAAAUUUGCAACGGGCCUUGCACGAUCACGAUGGCACGAUUUCGGCGCUCAAAGAGCACAACCACGAGCUCCAACAGCAUCUGGAAGAUAUGAAAGACACUCUGCAAACCUACAAGGAAAGCAUCCGGCGGUUAGGCGAGGAAAAGGCGAGCUUGGAGGAAGAGUGUAAAAAUCAGCUCAUCACCAUCUCCAAUCUGCGCACUGCGUUGGAGGAAACAAAACGCAACGGCAGCUCUUCAGUGACCAACUUGCAGGAAGUUAUUGAGUCAUUACACUCAGAGGUAGCUCUGCUAGGAGAACAACUGAAUCAGUCGUUUCGAGAGAACCUCAGCAAAGACAACGAAUUGGAUCACUAUCGUGACUCCAACCUGCAGCUGCGUUGCCAAAUAACCGACCUAACGCGCGAUAUGCACGAUCUGAAGGACAUUGCCAUGCUGGUGGACGUCAGGCGAGAGCUGGAAGAGCAGAAACAGCGGCACCUGACGCAGAUCAAAAAUGAAAUGAGCGGCCUGCAGUCGCAGAUGGCCGAGCUGAAGAACGAGAUCGAUUCCCGGCAGCGCGACUGCAGCUACUUGACCUACUUCCGGGACAAGUGUGCCGAAUUGGAAAUGGAACACCAACAGGAGUUGCAACGGAUGCGUAGCGAUAUCGAGGCGUUGAGUGCGCAGUUAGUGGACAGCAAGGAGACGAGCAUACAACAUGAGCAAUUGAUGCGGGAAUCAAACACCUUGCAGAACACGAUACUGGAGUUGAGCAAUCAGAAUGAAAUUCUCCAGAAAGCGAUUCAGUCCUAUCAAGACGAGGUGGAACAAUUGCAGCAGGAACUUAGUACAUCAAAAUUCCAGUUCACAAAUUUGAACCAAGAGUUGGAAACCCAAAAAGCGUUGUGCAGUGAGAAGGAUAGCAAAAUUAUAAGUAUAAACUCCGAGCGGGAGAAGUUACAGGGUGAUCUCAAUCUACACAAACGCAUGUGCAAAUGUGGAUUCAACACCAAUUUAAAAGAAAGGUCGAAGACACCGGUAUCACAUUCACUGCAGAAGCAGGUUGUACAAAAGACGUUAGAGGCAACGAAGGCCGCCGAUGCGUUGAAACAACGGACAGCGGAUUUCAAGAAGCUGGAGAAUCAGUACGUCGAAGAGAGGAUACGACUUACGGAACAAACGACGGAGCUGUUUACACAGAUUGGAAAAUUGAAAGGUAAAAACUCAAACCUAGAGCAAAGUCUUUUCCACAAGGAAGAAAUGAUCGAGCGGUUGCGGCAGAACUUACACGAGGUUAGCGAGCGUCUAGUGGCCAAAUCCGAAAUUGCCCAAUCCAUGGAAGCCAAAAACACUAGUCUAUCCCAAGCGUGGGACAAGUACCGAGAAGAUUCCACUGCCCGUGAGAAGAAACUGGUCGAAGAACUGAACAGCAUCAAACGCAACUCGCAGAACCAGCGCAACCAACUGCAACAGUGCGAACAUCAGCUGGCGUGGCACCGAGAAGAGCUGGAAAAACUUCGAGGGAAAACCGAAACGCUGCUGAAAGAGAGGGAUUCGCUGAGACAAGACGCGGAAGAUUUAGGUAAUAAACUCUCCGGGUUUGCUGGCAAGGAAAGUGCGUAUUGCGAGCUUCUGAAGAAGCUUCAGGACGAUUUCUCACAGAAGACGGGUCGAUUGGCGGAAGUGGAAGACAACUAUCGCAAGCUCAGCCACGCCUAUCAAAAUCUGAAAACCUUCAACGAGGAUCUUACCAAGCAGUAUCAGACUGCGCGGAACCAUUUGGAAAACUACAAGGAACUGGUAGAAUUUAAGCGUCAAACUAUCAACACUGUCAAACUGGCACGAAAAUGCGCCGAAGAGUCUCGUCAACGGGAGCGGGACUACGAGCAGAAGGUUGCUGAACAGAAACGAAUCAUCACCCAGCAGCAGGAGGACUUGGUAAAGUUGAUGGAUAAGAUGCAGGAUUAUCACAGGGAUUCGUUGAUUCUGAACCGGCGGUUGCAAGACUACCAACAGACGUACGACGACGGUCGAAGAAACUUAAGCACCUCACUUCAUCAGACGUUCUAUCCAUCAGAGGCAAACAAGUUGAUUCGCUCUAGUAGUGAUCCAAAUUGCAAAGAGAGUGACGACUUACUUCGGAGGUUACAGUACACCAAGGAUCGAAUACACCGGACGAGAGAGUUUUGGUACCGAGGGAUCAAAGAGAUCAUGCCACCAAGAAGGGAUGAAUCGUAGGCCAUAGAAAGACAGAAAAUGGUGGUGUUUGAUUUCGGAAAACGCAUUUUAGGGACCGUACUUUUUCAAAUGCAUUUGUAGAAACUAGCUGAAGUCGAUUUUUUCGAUGAAUAUCCGUACAAUUUGUAUUAUAUUUUGAUAUAUUAGUUAUUCCGUAUUUUAUACUGUAUAAACACUGUUUUUCUUAUUAAG